UUCUGGGAAGGGUGAGUCACAUCGCGCGCCGCUCAUGUGGCACCGCCCAGUUUUGCAAUCGACGCCUUAAAUCUAGCCGUCGCCAUGCGCGUCAAUGAACGCCUGAUGGGGGUCCUCGCGCUCGCCGCGGUCGGCACAUGCCAAUUUUACUCGGGCGAAGGGACGACGUAUGGCCCGCCCGAUGGCGGGGACAGCGCGUUCACUGGCAACUGCGCGCUCAUGAAGCCGCUCGACCUCGCGCCUCGCUUCCACGCGGCCUUGAACAACUUCCAGUGGAGCACCGGGAUUCAUUGUGGCCGGUGCGUCGAAGUCCAGUGCGUCGAUCCGCGCUGCACGUCCCAGGAGAAGGUGCUCGGCCAGAUCACCGACCGGUGCCCCGAGUGCCAGUUUGGUGACCUCGAUAUGUCCCUACCGAUGUUCAACAAGGCCACCGGCCUCAACACGGACCGGCCCAAGAUCAAGUGGCAGUUUGUCAACUGCCCGGUCUCCGGCGGUGUCCAAGUGUGCGCCAAGAGCGGCAGCUCCAAGUACUGGUUGUACAUCCAAGCCUCAAACGCUCUCAAUGGCGUCGCCAAGAUGAAGAUCAACGGCGGCGACGCCCCAUCGUUUGACGCUUCGUACUACUUCAAGAGCCAAGUGCUCAACGUCGAGCUCUCUGACACGAUGGUGGACAUGACGUCGCACUCGGGGGAGACGAUCAGCACCAAAGUAUCGCUCCAAGCUGACCAGUGCACGCAAAUCCCACAGCAGUUUACCGUGGGCGUCGUGCCAGGCCCGCCGGUCCCGCCGCCCAGCCCGUCACCUAGCCCUAGCCCCAGCCCUAACCCGUCGACGAGCCCGCCGCCGAGCCCGUCACCAAGCCCGUCGACGUCGGCACCGACCACCGAGGCACCGAAAACAACGACACCGGCGCCAACGACCUCGGGUACGCCCAGUCCCACGACGGGAGCUCCCACGACGGGAACUCCCGAGCCUACCACGGUCGCACUCACGACAGUCGUAGCCACGACGACGGUGACACCGACGACCGAGCUGCCGCUGGAAACCCUUCCGGCCGCCAACUCGUCGACGCCCGUUGCAACGUCUGCACCGGUCGUUGCGCGCAAAACUGACGCUGUCGAAGUGGUGGUGCAGUCGUCAGCAGGCGCCGGUGCGAAUGUCACGAACUACCUCGUGGCGGGCGCCAGUUUCUUGGUGGUCGUCGCGGCGGUCGUCCUCGUCGUCGUCGUGAAGCGGUCGCGCCGCAAAUACAUGCAAGAGAAGGAGUCGGAUGCGUCGUUCGACGGCCCCAUCAUGCGCUACGGCCACUCGGAGACGUCGCAGGCGAAUGUCGCGAUCCUCUAGGUCGCUAGUGUCUAGUCGUCAUUCGUACCGUGCUCAAAUGUUCAACAGAGUUGUGUUCUAUAUGCCUCUGCCCAUGGCAUCACGUCCGACGACUCGAUCCCAUCGUAGCACUAGUCGUAGUCGUAAGCACACCAUGUACGUCUCUCGAUUUGAACCGA